AUGACAUCUUAUGCCACCCCACCCUUCGCUUAUGACCCAAGCUGUAAACCAGCCAAGAGUAUCCUUAAACAAGUCCGUCUUGGCAACCAGGGAUCAUCAUGGUUUCAAUCAAUGAAUUCCAAACUCGCAAUCGCAUCAUCGCCCACGACUGAUGGCCAGAUCCCCGAAUCUGAACCUACAUCUCCGCAAAAAUCCUCGGGUCUCAUGAGAUUCCGUAGACUUCUUCCAGCACAGCCAGUAGCACCACCACCCGAGACUUCUGUGGACAACACUCAGGAAGAAUUACUUCCAAAAGAACUCAAACGAGUCCGCUUCUCGGUUAGAAAUCUGACGACGGAGUACUACCCGUAUCAAACCUUUCCCUCAGGCGACACAAAAGAAACCAUGUCGGCUAAUGAGGAUCCUAUUUCCGAGCAAUUCGAAAAAACCAAGAUGUCUGUUGAACCAGCUACCCGACAACGUACUACACCACAAGCACUUCACGCCCUCUAUGACAUGGCGUGCAAGAGUAAAGAAGAACCGCUAUUUCCUGGAUUCUUAACUCAACUACUUGCCAACCAACACCGCACUUGUCUCACUAGACUCGAUUUCUCCAACCAACCUAUUACUAGACGCACAGCAGAACCAUUGGCAGAUGUGCUUUGCUUAGAUUUCGGUUUAAAAGAACUCAUACUCAACAACUGUGACCUAGAAGAUGACACUAUCAAAGUACUUUUACAUAGUCUGUUGUUGACAGACACACUUUGUGAGCUCAGCCUGAUGGACAACAAGAAGAUCAAGACCACUGGAUUCAAAUAUGUCGCAGUUUAUAUCAAAGGUGCCUCCAAGCUCCAAAUACUCAACCUUACAUCAACUAUCCCCGACAAAAAGGCGAUUGGGUAUCUGGCUCAGGCAUUAAUUGGGACUCCUACAUCUGCCUCACCUUCGCUCUCAAGCUUGAUAUUGGACAACUGUGGGUUAAAGCUACCAUUGCUUGAAACUUUAGCAGCUGGAAUUCGCCAAUCGACAUGUUUGCGGCAUCUUUCGCUGAGAUAUAAUCGUAUCAACUAUCAGGGUGCGAUGUGGGUAGGUGUCAUGCUGAGAGACUACGAUGACAAUCGUCUAUACCAGAGAGGUCUCGAAAGUCUUGCCAUUGACACCAAUGAGCUUAGACAGGGAGUUCAAUACAUUGCUCAAGCCCUGAGACGUAACAAGAGUCUUUUGUCUCUAUCUAUGAAUGAUUGCAAGAUUGACACCAAAGGAUGCAUGUUUAUUGGAGAAGCCCUCAAAUACAACCAGUCUCUUAAGACUCUCAGCUUGUCCUACAACUCUCUUGGCCAGCCAACUACAGAUGGUGUUGUUGCUAUUCGACAAGCAUUGUAUGUCAACCAAUCUCUCAAAGAAUUGAGUCUAGCUGCUACUGAACUUGGAUCGGAAGCUGCCAUCGCACUUGCAGAAUGUCUUCCCGAAAAUAGCGCUCUCAAUAGGCUCGAUGUUUCUAAGAACCCAAGUAUCGACAUUGCUGGUCUUCUAUCUCUCUCUACAGCUAUCAAGAUUAACUACACUCUAACAUUCCUUGAUGUCAACAUUCCUCCAAAUGAUCGUGAUUUGGCAAAGAUCCAGAGCGAUAUUGCAGCAUAUUGCACACGUAAUGCCCAAUCUACCACAUCACCCAAUACUCAACACCAACAACGCAGCGCUAUUAGACGUACCCCUUCGCAGAAUGCAUUAUCUAUCACUACUACUCAAGCUACAGCUCGACUAUCUCUUCAGGAACGUCUUGCAGCUGUAACUCAGAAUGCCAGUCCUCGUUCAUCGUCACCAAGCAAGAGUAGCAUUCGUACUGCUGAACCUGUAGAGUCACCUAAGCGCUCACCUGAUCAGGAUCUUUUGGACAAUGCCACUGGGCAAAUCACAGUUUUCGAGGAAAUGCUCUCUGCCGAAUCACACAACCGCGAAGUUACAAAAGAAAAUAAUCCCGCAAAUAAUACUAUAAUUCAACUUUAUCGUCAAUGCCAGGCUUCUCAAGAUGCAGUAAGCCUUAAGAUUCCUCGUAUUGCAGAUCCUGCUGUUGUCGGUAUAUACUUGGGACUCAACGAUCGUCUUCUGGCUGCUAUUGGAAAUUACAAUCAACUCUAUCCUGUCAUACCUGCCCCUAGACCAAGGGUGGUGAUCUCAGGGGGAUCUGGUAGUGGAUCUAAUAGUCCUCGUACACCUAGUAGCCCUCGUCUCAAUAGUCCUACUGGAUCUACUGGCUCGCGUAGCCCCAUCAAUUGUGGAAGUUUUGCCAGUGGAAGUGUUGCCAGUGGAAGUGGAAGUGGAAGUGGCAGCAGUAGUAGCAGUAGCAGCAGUAGCAGUCCCAUCAGUAGUCCUCGCACCAGCGUACCUAUCCAGUCCGAAUUGGUAGAUCCCGAGAUGCCUCUGUCUCCUUUUGAAAUUGGAGACGACGACGACGAUGAAGAAGAAAGCUUUAUAUCGGCCCGUCAGUCAUCUCCUGUCAAUGAGAAGCACAAAAAUUUGGAAGAACUGCGUCAUGCAAAGGAGAUUGAAGAAGGCUCUGCAUUUAAGCAGGCUUCCAAAGCGGAAGAGGAAGAAGAGCCUUAGAUAUAUAUAAUUAUUUAUUCAUCUAUUUUUUAUAUUAUUCCUCUCCUCUCACUUCCUCUCCUUAUAGUAUUCUACACAUCUGGUACCACAAUGACCACCGCCACCACUACCACUACCACUACCACUACCACUACCACUACCACCACUGCCACCGCAUCUUCCUUUCUUUAUUUGCAUUUAUUUUAGUCUAUUUGUACUUUUUUCAAAGCGUUUUUUUGUAGCUAAUUACUUUAGUGUGCUGACCAUUAUAGUCCCCACAAUGAAAGCCUUUGUGUAUCAUAAUGAAAAACAAUAAAUAUAUAGACAGAGUGUUUAGAAAAGUAGAUACUUACAUAAUAUAGAACUAGCAGAAAAAUUAAACACUCAUUUAAUUCCAAGGCGCUAGCUUAUUUAAUGUUUAUAGAUGUCAAUUUAAAAUCGAUAUUCUAUUAUGUUGAUCAUUAUUUUCAAGCUGAAAUACUAUGUGCAUGAAAUUUCAUGGGAUUUAC